AUGCAGUUUAUUCAUAAUAACAAAGAUGAUUCUCCGUCCGAUUUUUCUAGAAUAAAACGAAAGCGUACCCAACUGUCACAACGUGAGCGCUUUCUCCAGGAACUUUCAAAGUUCGCUAGUGACAGUGACGACGGUCACGAGGAGGAUGCCAAUAUUACCGAAGAGCAGCGCUCAAACCAACAAGGAAAGAGUGCAAUCGCUGGAAGCUUCUUCGAGCAGGCCACAGAGGAAGAAGAACGGUACCACACAAAUCUAAACAGGUCUUCUGCUCCUAAACAUGUUGGUAUUUCGCUUAUAAAGGGUAUGCGUACAGCAAAUCCAUCCUUGGUGACUCCAGGUUUUGAUAGUACAGCAAAUGACAAAAAUAGCACUGAUACGUAUAGUAAGGAAUUCAAAGUAGUGGAAACAUACUCACCCUUGACUACAGGGGGCUUCUUUGAUACCUCUAUAGAACUAAUGAAUAUAAGUGUCGUGAAGAUAGGCGAUGUGUUGUGCUUACUUUCUACGAUAUCAGUAAAUAGUAGCACCUCACCCCCGACAGGAUCUCCCUCCAUUAGAUCUCCAUUUUAUUAUAAAACUGAAAAGAAUUCUACUGUGGCCUUAACCGCACAGGGAGGAGAGGUCAAUUCACGAAAUGGGGAAGUUGUCGACAAACAUGUUGUAAGUAGUCCAAUCUCUGCUAAAACUGAGUCCUUUAAGGGCAUUGGAGAGGUAUUGACCCCCGCGCAUGCGAGCAAAGUGCUCCAACGGUUCACAGCGGAGAUCAAACUCACAGAGGAGGAGCGAACAUACGGUAAAAAAGCCUCGGUUGAAAUGGUAAACCAACUCUUUGAGGUCACACGGCUUGAUCGUGAUAACCACACUCUUGAAGGCCUCUUUCUCAACGGCAGCCGCCGUGUGUUGCGCGUGCACGAAGUCCGCCUCGCCGGAUUUGUUGAACGGAAACUCUACAGGAAAUGGAAGGAGGACCCAACAAGUCAACCCGUGCGCACGAUCGAGGCGGUAGUACCCAUCGCACCAAUCUCGCAAACAGGCGAGAGCGCUCCGCUGAUGAACAUUUCUGCCGAGGUUUCCUCCGCGGCUGCGAUGGAAACCGAAGGAGGAACGGGUGGCGGCAAACCAAAUGGGAUUAAUAGCUCGGGUUCUACAGAAGGAACACCGGUUGUCUGGUGGGUGAUCCCCAAUUUGAUCGUGCGUAUCGUCGCUGAUAAGGCGGGGGAGUGGUAUGGCAAAAAGUGUGUCGUCCGCUCGAUUGACCGCAAGAACAAUAAAGUUCGUAUGAUCAGCUUGGACUUGUGGCCACCAAACCAGCCGAAUUCAUCACAGUUCCCAAAACAAAAACCUUUGCCGCUGGGGAGGGAAGGGGUUGUGGAAGUGGUUGGGGUGCAGGGCCUGGAGACGGUGCUACCUAAGAAGGGAGAGUCUGGGCUCGUAGUCCUUGGUCCAUAUCGCGGCGAGUUUGCCUCAGUUAUCACUCGUCUACACGACAUGGAAGGAAAUCUCGAAAAGCUGAAGGUGCAGUGCACGCGUACCGGCGAUGUUUUUCACGUUGAACCUCAUGAGCUUUGUCUUAUAGCUCGUCGUCAAUCAAAUAAAGACUAA